AUGCUGAUACAGCAAUGUGAAGCAGUUGCCCCGCAUCCUGCCGCGCCCGUUCAAGACUGCAUCACCGAUCAGAAGAACUUGUCGAAGUGGGACAACUGCUCGGGGUUCGGUCACAAGAGGGACAAGUGCCCAUCGGUGGGGGGGAAGGAGAAGCGGUAUUGGCAGUGGUCGAGUCACCCGAGAGAAGCGACGUCGACUCCGAAUCAAGGAUUUUAUGACCAGAAUGAGUUAUGA